AUGCCAUUUGCAUUUGCCAUGCGGGCAGGACGUGGAGCAGCCGCUGCUCCUGCUCCUGCCGCGGGGCGUGCUAGCAUUGGCGCUGUACUUGCUCGAAUCCAUCCGACGUGCUGUCCACGCCCGUCCGUGCCCUCGCCCGCGUGCAACCCCGCGCCGCUCACAAUGUGCUGCCUCCCGCGCCCAUACAGGCUUAAUGCAACCGGCGCCCCAGAGCCAGCCAGCGCCCGCGCCUCUACCCCCGGCUCGCUCGCCCAUCCAACCGCGCGCGUGUCCCAGAGCGAGCACGCGCACGCGCAGAGGCCACCAUUCGAUCCGCGCACGGUGGCGCCCCGCAUUCUCUUCGGCUGCUCCGCUGCUGCCCCACGCCCGCCGCGCCCAAUCUGUGUGGCGCACAAUAUACCCGCGUUUAGUAAAACCGAGAUGGGACAGAUCCACGCACGCGUACCGAUGCAGUGGCCAGCGCGCGCACGCACGCGCGUGGAUGAAAGCCUCAGCGCCGCGGGCGAGGAUGCAGAAGCACAGUGCAGCGCCGCGCCGCGCCCAGCACCGACGGCACGGCAUCGACGACGACCACGGAGGGUGCGGCAGCGCACGCACCACCCCGACGUCCACGGGCCCGCGCGCCUUCCCACGCCGCCCACUUCCCUACAUGCAUGUUGCGUGAAGCAUGAAUGCAUGAAGCAGCACGUCCCCAGCGAUGGGUGUCACCGCCAUGCCCGAGCCCCCCCUGCGCCCGCGCAUGCGCCUGCGGAAUCCGGAUCCACGCGCAAGACAGCCUGCCCGCUCCCGCUCCCACACCCGAGAGACCCGAGCGCCCGGACACAGCGCGACGUCGCGCGCGGGUGCGGGUACGGUGUGUGGGCGCUGAUCAGUGCGUGCGUUCGGCACGUAUGCGUGCACGAGGCGCGAGGCGCUGAUCCCAGACGCCUAUUUGGAGCUGGGCAGCGCAACGCAACGCAGAGCAGAGCAGCGCAGAGCGAAAAUGGCGGCCGAAACGGGUCUGGCGAAGUGAAGGUGCCAGGGUGGACGUGCGAGGAGCUGGCGCGAGCCAGGAGCGUGCUCGCCGACCCCGCCAUCGAGCGAUCGAAUCGAAUCGAACCCGACUCGACGUUUGCCCGUGCUUUCCUCUCUCGCAUUUGGAUUCGCAGCAGGCAGACCAUCGCACACUCGGCAGAUAAGGGAGAGCGAGCCUGUCCGGGCAUCCUCCGCUACCGAAAGCCCCCUCUUCCAACCAAUCCUGGCAGGUCGCUCGAGUCCAAACAAGCUUGGGAAAAAGCCAUGAGGUCUGCAGCGGAAAUUAGCUCGUCAUUGCAGGAGCCAAGAAAGAACGCACUACCACUGCUACACACGCUGGCGACGAUCUCGCGAAGCUUGCUGACACAUCCUAGUGCGACCUCCGUGCCGUUGUUUGGAGUACCACCAGCGACUGAAUUACUAUUCGGACGACUCUCGCUCGGCGCCCCCGCGCUCGCGUACGGCUCCGUCCGCGUCGGCCACCGUGCACAGACGGCGCCGCACCCCGCCGCACCGCACCGCCCUGUUUUUACACCGACACCGCGCUCGCAGCUCGCAGCCCGGCCGUCGGCGCGUCGCGCGCCAUCAGACCAGCACGCGCACGCGCACGAGCCUGAUCCCGAGGUGCAGCGUGCGGGCGACAUGGCGAUGACGACGCCGCGCUCCUCAGUCGUCUCGUCUUGUGCAGAGUCACGUGGGUCGCCCGCACGCGCCUCCACCGCCGGAGCGUAG